AAUCGCAUUCGUUAGUAGCGGGCACAAUUUCUUCAAGUCUCACAGUUCAUAAAAUUUUACAAAAAAGAGUAAAAAUGGAAAAACCAGAAGUGAAAGGGACGGUGACGUCGCUGUCGUCGAUGUUCCCGGCGGAGGAGGUGCAGAAGGCGGCGAACCGGGUGGCAGAGACGCUUUCAGAGAAGCAGAAUGAGAUGAAUCAAUUGAGAGAAUUCAUUGCCGAUAACACCUCCCUUAUCAACCUCGUUCAAAAGCUCCCCGAAGAACUCCACCACGAUAUCAUGGUUCCGUUUGGGAAAGCCGCGUUCUUUCCUGGUCGUUUGAUUCACACGAACGAGUUUCUGGUUCUACUGGGAGAAAGUUACUAUGUGGAAAGAACAGCUAAACAAACAGUUGAAAUUCUAAAGAGAAGAGGGAAAUCAUUGGAGUCCAAAAUGGAUGCGUUGGAGGCCUUCAUGCAGGAUCUUAAAGCUGAGGCUUCCUUUUUUGAUUCCACCGCUUCUGAAGCAGCAGAGGAUCUUGUGGAGAUUAAAGAAGAGUAUGAGGAGGAGAAUUCUACUGAAACGGAAUCUCAGUCAGGUGAGCUGGAGCAAGAAUCUCCUAGUUUUGCUGAAGCAGACAAUACAAUGGUUGCAUCUGAGGAUGAUGAAUUUGCUCAUAUAAUGUCAAGGUUGGAAGCACUUGAGAAAGAAGAACUUGCAGCUGAAAGUUAUGGAGAGAAUGAUGAAGAUCAAGAUACUGGUGCUGCUGUAAGUGAUGGUGAUGAAGAUGAAGAUGAGCAAGCUAAAGCUGUUUUUCACAGAAAAAAAUAUGAAGGUUACAGUUCUCUUGAUCAUGAUCAAAGAUAUUCAGAGGUGUAUCAGUCAAGGAAACCACUACAGCAGUUGAAAGGCAAAGAUUCAAUGAACGAAGAGACAUCUAGUAAAUAUCAUCAUCAGGAUUUAAUUAGUCAAUUAGCAUGCACGGGAUUGACAGUAGAACCUGUUAUCAAAGGUAAAAUGUCACAUAGUCAAAGUAUGCCUCAAGAAACAAAGAUGUUAAAUCCUUCGAUAAAUGCAUCUGUGCCUUUUGAAAAGAGAGUGAAGUUUGAAGCAGAACAUUCAUCAAGAAAUGAGUUGAAGAUAUCCUGCAUAACAACUGCUGAUUCAAACAGUUACUCAAUGCUUACUAAGAAAUCUGUCCAGACCUCAAAAUCAGGAUUUGAUAGUUCCAAGGCUUUUACGGGCUCUAUAGUAGAGCAUACUCUGAAUUUGGAGAAAGCUUCACCUGGACAAACUACAUCACAGUUUUCUGGUUCGCAAACUUCAAAGCCAGUGUCUAGAUUCAAAAUGCAAAGGAAGUAGUUACACAUGGUUAAGAAAUAUGGAAAUGCUGGAAAUGUAACCUCUCUCAUAGUUUGAGCGUCACCAGACACUUGUAUGGGAAUAGAAUGUUAUAAUGAGACUUUUCACUCAUGAAUAUUAACUGGCUUUAUGUCACAGUAUAAUAUGAUCAACCAUAACUAAUUCCAGAUCCUAAUUGUGGGAUGAAAGCUUUGUUUAGGUCUUUUUCCAGUGACAGUGGAAACGCAAGGUAUUGUAUAUUGUUGUCUAAACCACUUUGACUCGAUGGAUUCUAGUGUGAUGUGAAAAUUACAGGAAAAGUAAAUAAACCAU